UAUCAAAACGAGACGAGAUUCGUCGUACGGUAUAUCAAGACUUUACUUGUGUACAUUUUGCUUUCUCUGGAGAAAUACGUAGCGGUGAAAAUUGCACAAACAAAAGUUCACUGGGAAUGCACGGAUCAGUGCAUACACCUUGGACUACGUUCCCGUGAAAAUAAAGGGACCGGAUCAAGGAAAGUUCGCGGUAAUUUUACUAUCGAAACGGCGUAACACCACCGACGAUUUGUCCUAAUCAUUGAUAAAAAGGAAACGGGAAUUACCGCCGCUAGUGAAAGUGGUCUAAAUCGAUCAGUGAUCUUUGCAAAAGAACAAGUUACAAGUGACCCAAAGCUACAGCACCGACUCGUGCAAACGGAAAUUCUCAUUUGGCGACGUCUUAAGUUCAAGGACAGAGAACUUGAGGACUCGAGUGGAUCACCAAAUAGGAAAAGUCUAAAGUUAUGACAACAUCAAAUGGAAUAAAAAAUGACCAAACGUCGGAAGUACAGUGGCAGAAGAUUCAAACUGGUCAAGAUGAUGACAUGCAUGUGUACGGAUUCGAAAAGAGCAAGUUCAAAAGCAUUCUGGCUUGUAUAUCCUACGUAUUGACCAUUGGCUGUGUCAGACUCUUCUUCCAUUGGUAUCCCCAAUUACAUCUCUAUGCUACCCACAAAAAGUGUUCUCUGAAUCAGGCCACAAAGCUGCUCAUAACUGAUAACUAUCAAGGAAAGUAUAAGUCGUACUUCGUGAAGGAUGUGAAGACUAUUUCAGUGAAGAAUAUCAGCGUGGAAGAUUUGUCGAGAAACUUGGACAGCGACGAUGAACAUCUCAUCGAGAAGAUCAGGUGUAAAAAGUUAAAGAUUAAUCUAAAGAACGGCACGCAGUGCGAGGUGUUCGAGUACAGAGCAUUUUGGUGCAAAAAACAAUGUUACAUCUGGGACAUCACACAGAACACGUUCUCCAGAUUGGUAGGCUUAGACAAGUACACGUUGUGUUCGGAUCUCAAUCUCAAUAAUAAUCAAGGACUCUCUAAAGAAGAACAAUGCCUUAGACGUAUCGUAUACGGAAGCAACGAAAUCGACGUUCCCGUGCAAAGCAUUGGUGUGUUGCUCUUAUUGGAAGCACUGAACCCGUUUUACAUAUUUCAAGUAUUCACACUAUGUGUAUGGUUUGCGGAAGGCUACCUGUACUAUACUGCAGCGAUCAUAUGUAUGUCAUUGUUCGGAAUCAUAAGUUCCAUAAUACAAACUCGUAAGAAUCAGAUUAAUCUUAGCGGUACAGUGGCGUCCACGGAAACUGUUCGUGUGCAUAGAAGUUCCAAAGUGGUGGAAGAUAUACCGAGCAGCGAUUUGGUACCGGGUGACAUCAUAGAAUUACCAAAGCAUCAAGCUACAGUGGUCUGCGAUGCGGUACUAUUAACAGGACAAUGCAUUUUGAACGAAUCGAUGUUAACCGGGGAAUCUGUUCCGGUAACAAAAACACUACUGCCAUCGCGUCACGUUUUAUACGAUUCUAAAGAAUGUUCCCACCAUACGAUAUAUAGUGGCACCACUAUUAUACAAACCAGAAGUUACAGCAACAGCCCGGUUCUAGCACGGGUCAUUCGAACAGGAUUUCACACAAGUAAAGGUUCUCUGGUUGCUGCCAUAUUGUACCCACCCCCGGCAGAUUUUAAGUUCGAUCAAGAUUCGUAUAAGUUUAUCGGCAUACUAGCGUUUAUCGCAACAUGCGGUUUCAUAUAUACCAUUGCGAUCAAGGCUUAUAGAGGAAUUACAGCUGGACAUAUAGCGAUAAGAGCCUUGGACAUAAUAACAAUAGUAGUACCGCCGGCAUUACCAGCAGCAAUGACAGUGGGAAAGUUAUACGCUCAGGCGCGACUUAAAAAAGCGCAAAUAUAUUGCAUCAACAAUAGGGUUAUUAACGCAUCUGGCAGUAUAAAUUGCGUGUGUUUCGAUAAGACGGGUACUUUAACGGAGGAUGGCUUGGACAUGUGGGGUAUUGUACCUUGUACGAACAGUGUUCUUGGUGAAUCAGAGAGAAGCAUUCCUAAAUUAAACGAUCACGCACUUUUCGAGGGAAUGUUAGUUUGUCAUAGUUUAACUCUAAUAGACGGUAAACUCUGCGGAGAUCCUCUAGACGUUAAGAUGUUUGAAAGUACCGGGUGGAUACUAGAAGAGUUCAAUGUUGAACACUUGAACAAAUAUGAUCUCAUAGCGCCAACGAUAGUAAAACCACCGAUAAACAAUAGUUUUACGCAAAAUAUGAACGAGAUAUCGGAAAUCGGGAUAAUACAGCAAUAUCAAUUCUCAAGCUCUCUGCAACGAAUGUCUGUGAUAGUACGUGUACUGGGAUCGAAUACUUUCAAAGCCUAUACGAAAGGAUCGCCCGAAAUGAUACUUAGUUUGAGCAAACCUGAAACUGUACCGAAAGAUAUAAUGUUUUCCUUGAAAUAUUACACGGAACAGGGUUAUCGAGUGAUAGCUAUGGGACGAACGGAAUUGCCUGAAAAUAGUAAUAAGAUAACGAAACUGUCUCGAGAUGCAGUCGAACAGAAUCUUGAAUUCCUAGGUUUAGUUAUUAUGGAAAACAGGUUGAAGACACCAACUAUACCGGUUAUCAGAGAGCUGAGAACGGCUGACAUACAUGUCUUGAUGAUUACAGGGGAUAAUAUUCAAACUGCAGUGAGCGUUGCGAGGGAAUGUGGUAUCCUGUCGCCGCACGACUCUGUGAUAGACGUUACCGUAGUCAUGGAAGAGAAUAAGUUACAACCAAAGAUAUAUUUCAAUGCACAAGAAAUAUCACCGAAACUUAGUCUUCAUAAUAAACAACUCAAGAUACCGGAACUGCAAGAUAUAGAACAAAAUAUAAGCACCAGUAAUUAUCGGUUCGCUUUAACAGGCCAAUCGUGGCAGUUGUUGCGUGAGCAUUUUCCAGAUCUGGUGGCGAAAAUCUGCGUACGUGGUGCAAUAUUUGCCAGAAUGACCAGCGAUCAGAAGCAACAAUUAGUGUUGGAACUGAUGCAACUCGGAUAUUAUGUCGCCAUGUGCGGCGAUGGUGCUAAUGACUGCGGUGCUCUGAGAGCUGCACACGUCGGUAUAUCCUUAUCCGAAGCAGAAUCUAGUGUCGCGAGCCCUUUUACGUCCAAGGUACCAGAUAUAACCUGCGUUCCAAAGGUGAUAAGGGAAGGACGCGCCGCCCUAGUUACAUCGUUUGGUAUCUUCAAAUUUAUGGUCACCUAUUCUCUGACAGAAUUUUUGUCCGUCAUUAUUCUCUUCUCAAUCGAUUCGAAUUUGACAGAUCUUGAGUUUCUUUUUAUCGAUAUCUGUCUGAUCGUUAACUUCGCCUCAUUCUUCGGGAAGACUCAAGCGUAUAAAAGGAAGUUAGUGAAAAAACCUCCUAUGACUAGUCUGUUAAGUUUCACAACGAUUUUCUCCUUGUCUGUACAUAUGUUCAUAAUGACGAUCUUUCAAGCUAUCGCUUAUUAUGCGGUACGUAGUUUUCCUUGGUUUACACCAUUCAUUUACAUAGAAGAUGGUAAUGGUUCAUGCUACGAAAAUUAUUCUGUUUAUUGCGUUUCUAUGUUCCAAUAUAUAACGAUGGCUAUAAUGUUUUCACGGGGAAAGCCAUAUCGAAAGGCAAUUUAUACGAACGCUGCAUUCAUGUUUUCUAUACUUUUGUUAACCAUCGUUUGCACCUAUAUUACAGUUUACCCAGCAAAUUGGAUAGUAAAUUUGCUUGAAUUACUUGUACCUCCAACAUACGACUGGAGGAUCAUUAUUUUGGCACUCGCUUUUGUAAAUUUUAUAGUUUGUUUCAUUGUUGAAAUAUUUGUAAUGGAAUAUUUAGUCGAGAAAAAAUUAAAAACAAAAUUUUAUAGACCGGAGAAAUCUAAGAAAGAGUAUUUAAGAAUAGAACAUGCAUUGAAGAACAACUUGAAUUGGCCAAAACUUAGUAAAAAAUUACCAACAUUGCCUUUAACGCCGAGCAUAGAAAAUAUUAUUAACGUGAAGUAUCCAGAGGAGCAGUCUUAUGUAAACGAAACCGAAAAGAAUUUAGAGGAUAAUAAACUUCAUCAAACAACAGAUUCGAACAAAGACAAUAGUGGAUUAUACGUGUUUGAUAAUUAUUCGUUCGUGGAUGAUGAAGUGUCGCGAAAUACAAACAUGAUAACAAGAUUUUAAAACGUGCCUUGAAAAUGUUUUAUCUGAUGUUACAAGUUUUUAAUCACAGUAUUUGUACAUAAGUAUUAUGAAAUAUUGUCGACACAUUGCUAUAGAGCGAUACAAAAACAU